AUGUUUCUAAAUUUUUCUUUUUUAAUUCAGCCGGCAGAGAAAUAUCCCACUAUUUUUUCCCCAGACUUUAUAUUCGGGAGGUUUCCGUACUUCUUACCUUGCCUUUGUAUAUCGAUUUUUGAAGUCGGAGUAACCAUUGCAUGUUUCUGGCUUCCGGAAACCUUACACAAUCACAAUGAAAAUGCCAGAUUACAUGAUGGUUCCUUUGAAGCACUGGAGUCUGCAUCCUGUGGGUCAGAUGCAAAUGAAAUGAAACCAAAAACUGAAGAACAAAUACCUAAAGAAAACCUCAUGAAGAAUUGGCCUUUAAUAUCAUCAAUCCUUGUUUAUUGUGUUUUCUCACUCCAUGACAUGGCUUAUUCAGAGAUAUUCUCAUUAUGGGCGGAGAGUCCUCGAAAGUUAGGGGGUUUGAGCUACACAACUGAGGAUGUCGGUGAAAUUCUAGCAAUCUCAGGUCGUGGUCUUUUUGUCUUUCAAACUACUCUGUACCCGUAUGUGGAAAAGAUGCUUGGUCCUAUAAGAAUUGCUCGCAUUGGAGGGGUUUUGACUAUACCUCUUUUGUCAAGCUGCCCCUUUAUAGCAUUGUUGUCUGGACUUUCCCUCUCCGUGCUGUUAAAUAUUGCAUCUCUGCUGAAAAAUGUCAUAUCUGUUUACUUGGGCACAAAAACGCCUGGAUGCUUCCAUUCUACCUGGUAUCCAGAUGGUUUUCUUCAUCUUGAAUUUGGUGGAGUUCCUUGCAGUUCUCAUGACAUUUAAGCCAUUUCUUACUGUACGUGAUGAUAGACAGGGAUGA